AAAGUGAAUAUGAAAGGGGUGCAUCCUUCUUUGUUUAUUACAAUGGCGCGAAACAUGUGGAUAUAGUUGGUGGUUAUGCUGAUAGAAGGUUUUUUGCUCCAUGGAAUCGGGAAACAGUUACACAUGUACCUGGAGCUUGCUCAUUACCAGGGUUUUCUCCCAAAAAUGUUACAAUCGCGCAUGUUCUUACUCAUCAAGCUGGAUUCCCAUAUCUACACACUGACAUAUCUAUGCUCGAUUGGAGAGACGAAAAGCACUACUUUCUAGACAAAAUUUCUAAUAGUAUUCCUCUGGUGUCACCAGGUGCUCAACCACACUACCAUUUUAUAACCCAGUAUUUGUUGGCUGAAGAAAUAUUUCGUAGUAUUUAUCCUUCACGUUCCCUGUCUUCCUUUUUUAUGGAGGAAAUUGUUUACAAGAUAG